CAUGAUGCCGGCCAACAGAGUUCAAUAGCAGCUGCUGCUGUGAUCAAGCAUCAACCGGCAACCGGGCAGAACAAACGUUGAGCGCGCGAUAUCGGCGGGCACAAAGCCGUGCAGAAUAAUUAUUGUUGUUGGCCAUUGGCGCUUUGCCACUGCAAAAUCAUAUCCGCGUUAUUGUUAUUAUUGUUAUUGUUGUGAUUGCGAUUGUGAUUGUUUUUGCAGCGCUUUACGAUUGAAUUGCUCGCGCAAACAAGUUGCAUCAACACACAGCGCGCUUGUGGCACGAUUGUAGCUGUUGAAUAAAAUAUUAUAAAAUAAAUUAAAAUCGGAAAAAAUUAAAUAAAAUUAAUACACGGCAUUUGCACUGACGUGGUCUCACGGAUUUAAAGACAACACUAAAUUAACUGUGAACUAGCAGUUUGUGGAACUGUUGAGUUAUCUGCUGGCUGAGUGAGCAGUUCGGAGCAACGAAUUAGAUUUUUUAAAUUAAAAUUUACCACAUUUUUUUGUUUUUGUUUUUUGCGAAAAUGUCUGCUAGUCACAAAGCUGCGGAUUUACUUUUGUUGCUUUUGGCUGUGGUAGUGUUAAUCAGCAGUAAUUGCGCAUUCGCUGCGAUUCUGGCGCCCAUGCGCGAAGUGAAAGUCGUAGACGAUAUCGCUGCCAAUGUGCUCACGAAUCUCGAAGUGGAGGCCUACCAUCAUCGCAAUAUGGAACGAAACUUCAAUAUGGAUGAAGAAUUGGAGGAUGAAAGCGAAGACGACAAGUUCUGUGUGUGGCAUAGAUGUGAUAACGAUUUGCGCGAGCCACGCGGUUUCAAAAAAUACUUUGAUUUGUCAUUUUUAAAGAAGUUUAUGAGUCAUUUGAAUCCCUUCGGCAUGUCGCGCAUGAAUAUGAAUUUCUACCUCUUCAAACAGGACUUCCCCGAAUGUGGGCGUGAACUGCGCAUCAGCGAUAAGCGUGCAGAAUUAUUGCGCGCCGGCUUCAAUCCCAGGCAACCAACACGCAUCAUCAUACACGGCUGGAUGAGUCAGUCGCGUGGCUCCUUCAAUCGCGACGUCAAGAAUGCCUAUCUGAAGCGCGGCGAUUACAAUGUGAUUAUCGUUGAUUGGAGCGCCAGCGCCACAAAUGUCAAUUACUUCGCGGUGGUCAAAAUGAUUGAGGGCUUCGGCGCACAAGUCGCACGUUUCACGCAGCACUUGCAGCGCACAGUUGGUGCAGAUUACGAUGACAUGUACCUGAUCGGUCACUCGUUGGGUGCACAAAUUGCCGGCGCUGCUGGCAAACUCAUUCAACCCGCGCGCUACAACACCAUCUUUGCCUUGGAUCCCGCGGGCCCUAAGUUCCGUCAUCGUAGCGCUGAGUUUCGUAUAGAUCCCACAGAUGCCAGAUAUGUCGAGUCGAUACAGACCAGCGGCAACUUGGGUUUCCUCGAACCCACCGGCAACGCAACGUUCUAUCCGAAUUAUGGUCUCUACCAAAGUCGCUGCUACUAUGUGGGUUGCUCACACAUACGCGCCUACAAAAUGUUUGCUGAGUCCAUCACAACCGAUGUGGGUUUCUGGGGUACACGCUGUGAGCGGCGCGAACCGGAAUGGCAGUGCAAUGAAGAGAUGUCCCCGGCGGAUCUCUAUCGAAUGGGCGGUGAGCCUGCCCAGCUGAAAAGCGGUAUUUUCUAUGUGAAGACGGGCACGGGCGCGCCGUUUGCUUUGGGUCGCAACUGGCAGAAUGAAGAGGCGUGAAGCCGAGUUUAUGGUUGAGGGUGAGAGUAAGGACUGCGAAAUGUGAUACUUGUUCCAAAGCUUGCCACUUUUUUAUAUUUUUUGUAGAAUAUAAUUUUAUU